AAAAAUUCAGCUUUUUUGGACUUUCCUGAUCGGGCCUUAGCUUUGACUGCAUAUUCUAAAUUUCAAGAAUUAGAGGAGAUUGGAGGCAAGAAGAUUCGUGUAGAAUAUGCAUCACCUAGCAAAGAGGCCUUAAAAAAGAAAGCUAAUGACGAUUCAGUAAAUAGCUCGGGUGAUAUUAAGCAAAACGAUGUAGCAAUACUACAAUUACCACCACCACCGCCUGUUCCACCGAUACCUGGAUCUCACGCGGAACCUAUUGCCUCUUCGCUCGGAUUUAAUUAUCCACCCGCCCCAACACUUCAUUAUCGCUAUCCACCACCAACAGUUGAAAUCCUUUAUAACAUUAUGAACGCAAUAGCGGCGGUACCCAAAUUGUAUACACAAGUAUUACAUUUAAUGAAUAAAAUGAACUUACCACCACCAUUUAAACCAGUGGUUCCUGAAUCUGUACCAACUCUACUCCAACAACAUUUUUCUGAUUUGCAAAAUGCUGAUGAUAAUAGUAAGAAACGUAAAAAGCGGGACGAAUUAUUGUCAGAGGAUGAAUCAGAAAUUGAUAGCGAGGAUGAAGAAGAAAGGAAUGUGAGGUCAAAAAAGAAGACUAAGUCAACGGCCAAUGCGUUUAGUGCAAUCCCAUUAGUAUUACCGAUUGCCACUACCGAUAAUCCAUAU